AUGACUCCGGGGGUGAGCCCCAUGCAACAAUACCAGCAACCAUGGGGGCCAGCGUCGAUAGUAGGCGGCGAUUAUCAUUCAGUCAGCGCGUUGAGCCCAAACAGCGAUGUGCCGUGGCAUUCGUUUUCCGGCGCUGACGACCAACAAACAUACGUUGGAAGUGAGCCUCCGAGGGAAAAGCGCAUCUGCGGCUUGCGCAAGCGCGUCUUUAUUAUCAUCGCUGUGGUCCUUGCGGUCGUGAUCAUAGCGGUGGCGGCUGGCGCAGGCAUCGCGAGCGCGAUGGCAUCAAGGCAGUCAGAUUCGGGCGCCGCGCCAGUAGAAACGGGGUCGGCCACGGAGUCGGCCACGGAGUCGGGUAGCAGCCCGACCAGCGCAUCAUCCACAGAACCGACGUCAGUUUCCACAACCUCGAGCGCGCCCACCGCAUCACCCACAUUCCUCAAUAACCAAACGGACCCCAGCAUCUUCGAGAUGUUUGCUUUCCAGGGCUUUUCCGGAAACGACUUCACCGGCGAUGCGACCGAAAUUUACGUAGAACCCGGAUAUUACGAUUUGAACAUCAGUAUCACGAGCUACGUAUGGGCCACGGAGAAAACCGACUGCUGCGUCACCUUUUGCAAAGAUAAGCAGACCACGGGUGGGUAUAAAUGCGACUCGAUCCGGCGGAAAGCUACCGAGGAUAACGAAUCAUUCCCUCGGGUUUCGCUUUGGUGCGGGAACCGGCUGGACAAAAAGCAGCGGGUGCGGUGUUCAUGA